UGGAGAUUGGCGACUCUAGAGUUUCGCUGACCGCUGCCUUCAAAACUCUCCAUCGCUCAACAGUGCAGUUGCGCAGCACCCAUCAUAACCGCACGCCCGCAAACAAACAACCCACACUCUUACCCUCGACGUCGCCUGCACCCACACCUGCACCUGCGCACGCCCAGGCACACGACACAUCAAUUGCCUCGUCGCCAAGCGGAAACGCGUCUGCCACUAUGGCCUCGACAACCACAUCAGGCUUGACACGGCGGAGGGGAGCCGGAGGAGGAGGCGGCGCCGGAAACAGCGAGGAGGACAGCCCUGUCAUCCGCUCUCCCUCAUUCAACAACAUCCGCGACGGGCCCCCCGAGACGAGCUACGAGGCCGGCGAGAACGGCCACAAGAUCGCAUUCGACCCGCGCGACAUCAGCGAGAGCGAGGAGCGGAGCAAGCAGCCCAAGCUCACCUUGAUGGAGGAAGUGUUGCUGCUAGGACUCAAGGACAAACAGGGCUACCUCUCGUUCUGGAACGACAACAUCUCGUACGCCUUGCGCGGCUGCAUCGUCCUCGAGCUCGCCCUGCGCGGCCGCAUUAGCAUGCAAAAGGACAACUCGAGACGACGCUUUCCCCUCCCCGACCGCGUCAUCGAAGUCAUCGACAGCACGCUGACGGGCGAGGUGCUACUGGACGAGGCUCUCAAAAUGAUGGAUACGAGUGAGAAGAUGAGCGUCAACUCGUGGAUUGAUCUCCUGAGCGGCGAGACCUGGAACCUCUUGAAGAUCGGAUACCAACUGAAGCAGGUGCGCGAGCGCCUGGCAAAGGGGCUGGUGGACAAGGGCAUCCUGCGCACCGAGAAGCGCAACUUCCUGCUCUUCGACAUGGCGACACAUCCCGUGGUGGACGGGGGCGCCAAGGAGGAGAUCCGGCGCCGCGUGCGCAACAUGCUGACGCAGCGUACCGUCGUCAUCAACGGCUCGCAGUUCCUACCAGAGAACGUCGAGUACCGUUACCUGCGAACCAUCGCCAUGGUGUGCGCGGCCUACGCGGCUAACGUCCUCGAGAACGCGCUCUCGACGCUAGGCCACGACGCAAGGGAAAAGGCCUUCACCCAGACCGACGACCUGCUAGCCGACUAUAGCCAAUACCCGUUUGGCAAGAGGUCCACCGCCAACAAUAUUGGCGAGAACGUACCUCAGAUUAUUGCUGAGGAAAUAAGCAAAUCGGGCGAAAAAGAGCUCCAGCUCGAGGUUGUCGCUGCCUGCCUGAGUGUCUUUACCCGCGUCGACUCCCUGCUCUAAGGGCUCGGGGUCGUAGCUAACAAUAUCAUGGGUGCUAUCUAUAAACGCGUCCGCCGCCACACUGCCAUCACCUCUAUUUCUCUGUGUUGCUUCUCCCACGUAUUACGAACUCCGGAAUGGCAAGGGGGCUGUCCUAUUGGCGUCCAUUCCUCUGUUUUUUCCUUCUUUCUUCAGCGGGUCCUAUUACGAAUUUUAGUACCUGGUUGACUGAUCUGGAUUCUACCUCGCCCUCUAUGCGCCUGUCUGU